AUGCCAAAAGACUAUGGCACGCCACCUGCUCACAAAAAAAAACCGCCCCUGCUGGAAUGUUUGCAAGCAGGUGAAGAUGCUUCUAGCCCUCAAGCGACCAGCCCUCAAGCGACCGCUCCGCCUCUGGCUGCUUCUGCUGUCGCCACUGCUACCACCUGUGAGGUACCCAAGCCCACCACGAUCCAACUGGAGGCCGCUGCGCAUGCGACCCAAGAGCAAGAAGUGGAAUUUGCAAAGAGCAUCGACGCCGAAGAACUGGCGACCAUGGCUGCAGAGCGCAAUGCCUUCCACGACAAGCUGUUGAAAGCCUUUGGCUUGAGGGCUCGAGACCCUGUUCCUUGCGUCGUGUACCUACUGGGCAAGAGUGGUGCUGGCAAAAGCCUUUGUUGGUCGCAUCUGCGCGGCAUCAAGAUUUUUGAAGAGGACACGGAGCUCGGCAAGCAUCUUGACGUGGACCGCAAUGGUCCCGAGGACGUACAAGGCAUUGUCGGGGACGGUAUCGAAGCCAAGACUAUCGAGCCGCGCUUUGCAUGGGUCAAUGACAUGAUAGUUGUUGACCCUGCGGGCUUUGGCGACACGCGAAACAAAGCCUUGACCAUCACAAACAGCAUUGGGCUGCGCUACCUUUUGUCCCAAACACCCCGCAAACGCGUCCUCUUCCUGAUCAAUUUUCAAAACUUGCACGGCGACAGCAGCUACUUGGACGAGCAGUUUCAAAUCCUGGAACGCUUUUUCCCUGACAUCAAGACUUUGGACCGUGGUGUUCUCUUUCUCUACUCGCGAUUGGGAGAUUCUACCGCAAGCAAAGGCAUCCUGGCAUACUUGAAUAAGUUCAGUGGCCGCAUGAGCGUGCAAGCAUCCGAGUACCAGCAAAAGCUCAUUGUGCUGAUGAAGAAACAGCUUGCGCUUUUUGAAGAAAAGGUCCUGCUUCGUCCCCACUGGGACAACGAUCCGGAAGGGCUCAUUCGCAUCAUCUCCCAACACAUUGGUGAAUGCGAUGCCUCGGCGUCGGCAACCUUGGGAUCCCCCUUGAAGGAUAGCGAGGUGGCCGAAGUUCGGGUUGCCGUCGGCAAAUGCUUGGAGGAGCUGAUCAAGAUCUUGACAAACAAGGAGCAGAACUUCUGGAAAGGUGUUGGCACCUUGUCCACCAUGCGCAUCCUGGCUGAACAAAUUGCUGAUGAAGCGAUUACUGAGCGCUACAUAUCAGGCCUUAGCCAGGUGGCGGCGCUAGUACAGCGCCACAUUCAGGGCUUUGUCAGUGCACUGCGUGCAGCCGAGUAUCAAGAGGCAGCACGUCAAAUGCAGCUGCUGCAAAAGUUGUCUUGUUUCAAUCCGGAGUUGCAGCAGCCAACCGUGGCAGAGCAGAAGCUUUGUGAGCUUGGCAAUAUUUGCCCGGAGCUUCAAGAUUUGUCGACACAGUCGUGGGAUCAUUCUCGACUGCUACAGACUUUGAAGGGGAUGGUGCGCGCCGUUGGAGAGGCUUUGCAUGAUCGCAUCCGCAAGGUCAAUGAGAAACUCCCAUUUGAUGCCGACGUCCUACCAGAGGUGCCGCAACUGAUCCAGUUUGAUUCUUACUUGGCAUCGAUGUGCCAAGUCAAGCAGCUUUGGCCGCCCUUGGCCAAGCAGUUGCGCGAACACGCCCAAGAGGCGCAGCGCACGCUUGGCACCGUGGUUGCCGCUCUAAAAGAGAGCACGCAACAAGCUGGUUUGUUUGAUUAUAAUCAAUGGCCGGCUUUGCACCAGGCGCUCGACCUGCAUGAACGCGGUUGUGCCUAUAGCUCUGUCUCGGAGCUCGAGGUCGUGCAAACCAUGUUUGAGAACGACAAGCAAGCGCUCAACGCUGUGGUUGAGAUCAUGUGCAAGGCGAUCCUGACCAUCAGCAACCUGAUUGCCGAUUGCAGUGCAGAUGAGGCUCAAGUCCAGCGACUCGGGCGUACUCUGAAUUUGUUGCAAGGGCUAGAAGAGAAUUUUGCUUCCAAGUAUUUGCCGCCCGGCCAGGCGCCGUACUUUCAGAGCCAAAAGGCCACAUUUGAAGGCGCCAUUCGGACCGGCGUUGGACGCCCCAUUAAUGAUGCAAUGGCCAAAAACAAUUUGUCGGCGGCCGAAAAGAGUCUCCAGCAGCUUUCGCUGCUUGUCGCAGUGUUUCGACGCAAUAGCGCGGUGCGGGAUGUGCAGAAUCAAGCGCGCACACUCCUCAGCCAGCUGGCCGCUCUGCACACGGAGAGCAACAUAAUCCUUGACAAAAUCGUCGAGGGCCAAGCAAGUCAAGAUGCUUUCGAGGCUAUGGCUCGCGCCACGCAGCAGCUCGUCUCAUAUCGCUGCCUUGACCCCAUCAUUGUGGAUGGUCGGAUACUGCAAGAGCCUUCAGAGCUUUUUGAAGCACAUGAAGACAACGCGACUGUACAAAUGAUCACCGUGCUUCAAGUUGCCACGACCGAGUCUGUGCUGCAACGCACAGAACAGGCGCUGCGCGAGAGCCUUGGCAGCCUCGUUUCUUCGGUGUGCGAGUCAAUUUCAACCAAGGAUCCAAUCAAUGACUUUGACGUCCAAUAUCUCUGCCGCUUUCAUCCUCUACAAGACACGCUGGGGCCUGAGCACGUUGAACUCGAGUGUCGUCGCCUCACAACAGCGGUGGACGAGGUUGACAAAACAUUGCAGGCCUUUGAAGUUGUCAAGGCUCCGUCCACAACGCGGGAGAACGACAUGGCCUGGCUGGUCCGCACCAUUGCCUUUGCAGAGCACAUCCGCUCCAAUUGUCAUUUGUUUCCGUCUCAGGAUUGGUCGUCUCUGCUUGCGAGUCUAGAGGUCAGGCGCACCGAUCUCAUGAACCAAGUUCAAGCUCAUGCGCAAACUCUGCUUGACGCAGUCCGAAGUGCAACGGCUGCUGGGGACCUCGGGCAAACCCGAGCUGAGCUGGCCUACCUCCAAGGCCUCAAUGACAGUUGUAACCCCGACAUGCAGAAGCUUGGGCAGCCCGUGUAUGCGCAAGCAAAGAAUGCAGUGAACCGAAAGUUGGAGCAGCUCGUUUUGGAGCACCGUCAGAACCAAAGUAGUGGCAACCUCGCGAGUGCUCAAGAGGCCAAACAAGCGCUGUUGGGCGCCAGCGUACUGCAGGAGCACUUUUCUGGCAUUGAUCAGCUGUUAGCCCACUUGCAUGACGAUGACGACCGCGCUUUGAAGGAAAUCAGGUCCCAGUUUGACGCGUAUCUGGAGGAGGCAAACUAUGAGCGUGCUGAGCAACUUCUCACCGAGCUCGCUGCAACACAUGAAACGCCCGAAUGGGCUGCAUGCCACCGAUCUCUUGUGCAAUCUGCGGUGCGUCAGCUGCGCCCAACGACCAGGGACAUACUGAAGCAAGCACGGCGCAUGGAGCGGCAGGUUUUGCAAUCACAGAGCCAUGGCGACAAGCUGCAAGGCACCUUGCUGGCGAUGGAUGAGUUGGACGAGAGGCUAUCCAGGCUGCAGGUGCUUGCGCCGGUCCUUCCUGAUCUUCAGCUACACGACGUGGAGGCUGAAUUUUCCAAGAGUAUCCGCAGCAUUUACAAGCGUCUACACCAGCGCUUGUGGAAAGCAACCACGACAAACCAGUUUGCUUCAGCCGAGGUCUUGUAUGCACUGCUCACUUCUUGGAGGUGUCGCGAACGCGAUGACGUAUUUGACGCCAGCCGGCUGAUUCACGAUAGCUCUCUGGACGCAAACAACGAUGCUGCCAACGAAAUGCCAGCUGAACGCAAGGGUAACUUGGCAGAAGUUGAGGAAUACGCCAGAGAGAUUGACACGACCACACGUCAGCAGGUAGAGCAGCUUGUGCAAGCCCGUGUAGGCCCCAAACUGAAUCGGUUUGUCAAGGCUUUUGAGCGUAUUCGCGCACAAGAGUACGACCCUGACAACACGCUCUUUCCAAACUUGCUGGCUUUGGCCGAUGAUGUCAACCAGUGGGUGACCCAGGCUGCCGCCAAGGAACUUGACGAGAUUGAAACGACCCUCUUUGAACAAGGCUCAAGAUUGGCCCGCGCGAAGCUGCGUGAGUUUGAUGAUUUCUUCUACAACCCUCUGCAGGGGGACGGGUUGCCGCCUUUCAGAUCUUCGGAGAGCGCUUUGAGUGUACAGCGAAAUCAGGUGCAUGGUGCUAUACAACAAGCCCAGGAUGCAGAGCAUCUCGAAUUGCUGACCCCAGAAUUCGCUCGAAACUUGGCACAAACCUUUGCCAAAGAUGGUGUUCACGAGAGGGCAGAAUUCGUCUCAAAGUUGCGUAACGUCUGCCAGCGCGGCGUCCAAGAGCUGCAAACCCGCCAGGCUGAAGCGCUGAGGGACGAAAGGACUGGCACCUUGUUCACAGCAGCAGCUGUUGGGCGUGUUUUGGGCUUAUUGGCGUUGGAGACAGAGCUCAAAGACAAGGGCUUGGAUUCUUUCCUGAUGAGUCUUCGAACCCGUGCCAUUGUGCCAGCCUGCGAUGCUAUUGUCAAACGGGCAGAUGAUGACCUGAACCGUUUCAUUGACAUGGCAAAAGAUUUUGACGUUCAGGGUGUCGAGCGACUGUUUGCCAUCUUUGACGGCAAUAUGAAGCGAUUGGAGGAGUCGGAGAGCUUUGAUAUGACCUUGCUUCAAGACGCUAAGCAGAGGUUUGCACAACUCAAAGGAGCUGUUUCUGCGGAGACGAGUGGCGCGCAGUUGGGUGCAGUGGAUGUUGAUCAGCCAUCACUGAACGACAUUUUGACCCCGGGCUUUGAAGCUGAAAAGCUGGACCGACGCUUGGAAAGGCUGAAAUCCAUGGCUGGCUCGCAAGCUGAAGCGCAGCAACGCAGCCAGAACUUCUUUGGAGCCAGGAGCUCGUUUGACCCUGCCAGAACGCUGGCUGCCAUUGUCGCCCAUUGGCGUAGCCUCACGCAAGACCUAAUUCGAGUGUUUGAGCAGCGCUUAUCUGCACAUGACCAGGUUGACGAGAUUGCGGCAUGCUAUUCAUGCAUGGGCCAGCUCAAGGUGGUUGCCGAUGCGGAUUUGGUGGGAGAUUUUGCGAGUGCCAGGCGCCGACUCGACGAUUCUCUGCUCAAAUUUGCUCGUCAGGCCGUGACCAGCGUGCUAGCAUGUGCUAAAACCAAGGAUUGGCAGCCCAUGAAUGCCCUUUUGCGCUUUUCCCUCGACCUUGACGGCGCUUUUCUACAACAAGCCAAGGCUCAAUUGCCUAUGCCUGCGCUUUCGAUGGCGUCGGAGCAAGUCAAAGCCUUGCUGCAGCUUGUCCAAGAAGCUGACAAAGUGGUCAAUAAGAACCUGGCAAGCCUGGCAACCUGCCUGGCUCGUAUGCAAGAACUCGCGUCCAAUUGUAUCUUGGAUGAAGUUCAGGCUGAGGUCCAACGUCGAACAGAGGAACGUCUUGACAAGGUGCAGACUACUGGACCUGAUGAUACCGCAGACCUGGACCUGGGAGAUGCGCUGUCAGCAGCAGGCGAGUACGGUGAGGAGGUGAAGCGAAAGUAUAAGCGCUUUGCAGCAGCUCUCAUCCGUCAGCGCCAGGAGGCAACACGAAGUGUGACAAUUGACGCUGCGCUGGAUACCAUGCAGCUUGGCACGAAUGCCAUUUCGAGAAAACAUGCUGACCAAUUGCGAGAGGCGUACAAUCGGUAUCAGACAAAGUUUGAAGAUCUGAUUGGCAAGCCACCGUCUGCCAUUCCAGAAUUGGUGCAAGCGGCACAACAGCAUGGCCGUAAGCUGGCACGGGACACCAGCGCGCUCAAGCGUGAGCUACCCGUCCUGUUGGCGUAUCUGUCUGCCAUUUGGAGCCUCUUCAGUCGUGCAACUAUUGCAAAAACAACCAAAUCCAGUCAUGGCAUCUAUAAGGAGCUGCAUGUCAUCCAAAUCCUGGCCCUGUUCGAGCUUGUCGGGCUGAGCCAGUCCCAGGGGUGGAUUGCUGGCUUUGGUGCCUGGUGCAAGAGCUUCGUGCCAAAUGCAGCCAAGUCCAAGCUUGGAGGUGCCUUUGUACAGCUGCAAACGGGUGGAGGCAAGAGUAUUCUGCUGGGGUUUGCUAGCGUCAUCUACAGCCUCCUGGGCUUUGAUGUGGCCUGUGCCUGUUACAGCGCCAUCCUCAGUACUCGCGACUAUGAAGACUUUAAGGCCUUUUUUGAGCUGUUAGCUGUGAGCAAACACAUUCAAUACAGCACCUUGACACAUUUGGCACGGAAGGCACUCAAUGCCUCCGGUGACAUCCGGGAUGCUCUCCAAACCUUGAUUGUGACGGGCAAGCUGUCGGACGGCAAGCCUCAAAGCCACACAAGGCCGACAAUUCUUUUGGUCGACGAAGUGGACACUCUGCUGUCACCCGUUUUCUUGACGGAGCCCUACAACCCAGGCACGCUUGUUCACGACAAGGACUUUACCGCGCUCAUGCGAGCAGUGUGGAGCAACAAAGCGCUCACAGCUCAGCAGGUUCAGCAGCUACCCGAAGCCCAGACCCUGCUACAGAGCUAUGCCCACGCGAAGAAUUUGAUGCUGGCCACCUUCGACCUCGUAGUGGCAGGUCGGGCUGCGAUUGAGAAGAACCAGCACCCACACAGCGUUGACGAUCAAGGGCGGAUUGUGUACAAGCGGCAGGGUCUGGAUGAAAACAGCGCUGAUGUGGUGUACGGCUACGAGACGCAGUUUGCCUACCUGAUGGAAGAAGGCCGUGGGCGCGUGCCGCCCGAAGUCUGUGCCGAUCACAUUGGCAUGCUAUUUACGGCAGGGCACUUUAGUUUUGUGAAGAUUAUUCAAACCUUUGAUAUGAUUUCUGGCGUGACUGGCACGGUGCCCGAAGACACGACUCUCUUGAGCGACCGCUUCAAUAUUGAGCGCCAAUGCGUCAUGCCCUCCAUGUACGGCGACACGCGCCUCGUGUUUGACCCCGUGCAAAUCACCGAAAACAUGGCGCAGCAGCAUCAAACGAUCGCCGACGAAUGUCAUGCUCGCUCCUCGGGACGCGCUGUGAUUGUGUUCUUCCCCAAUUCGACAGCACUCGAGGCCUUCCAGGCCUCUGCUGAGUUUCGGGGCAAGCUGGGUGGGCGCGACAUCAACAUUAUUGAUGUAGGCAAGCCAGACAUUCCUCAUCGCAUUCGGCAGGCCACGCGCCAAAACUCCAUUACCUUGGCCACGGUGCCCUUUGGCCGAGGAUCAGACUUUACGGUGCUUAAUCGUGACAUCAAGUCCAAGGGCGGUGUGCAUGUCAUUCAGGCCUUUCUGUCCACGGAAGUUGCCGAGCAGAUUCAGAUUCAGGGCCGCACGGCGCGAGAGGACAAUCCUGGUAGCUACCGCCUCGUUUUGUGUUUGCCGGAUCUUAAAAGUUUGCUCAAGGAGCAUUGCCCAGACACCAUCCGAUCCGGCAGCUUCUCAGAGCUACCCACCGCGCUUGAUCAGGCACGGCGGGCUGUGCACGCGGAAUUCUUGAACGCGUCCUUUGCUGCGCUGCGGCAGUGCGAGGCCGCCCACGUGACCUCUCUCAAGCUGCGAGAUGAGCUCUUUGCUGGCCGACAAGGUAAUCCAGAGCGUGCCCUGCGAUAUGUUCAGCAAUACUCGUCACAUGCCGAGUAUGCGGAGGCGGCCGACGUCUUGAUGGUGGUCGACGUGUCCGGAAGCAUGACCGACUACAUGGAACAGGCAAGGGCGUUUGUGCGCACCAUCGCGCGUGAAGGCUUCCAUCUGGACUCUACUGCAAGCCAACACCGCAUGGCCUUGUUUACGUUUGGUACGACGGCAACUGCGCUCGGCGGUGAGCCCUUGUUCACUUCCGACUGGGCCCAGCUGCAGCAGCGCGUGGCUCAGAUUGCCGUCAAUGGCGCGACCAACUACUUGCCAGCUCUGAAGUUGGUCGAGCAGAGCUUGCGGGAUUUGAAGGCAAGCGAUCCGGCUCGCUACAACGCUUCAAGACGCAUCGUUUUGUUUCAGACGGACGGCAGCAACAGUGAUCGGAAUCAAACUCGGGCCAUUACUGCGACGGCACGGCGCAUCGUGGACGAACUUGAUGCCACAUUGAUGGCUGUACUCACGGGUGCGGGCGUGUCUUCCUCGAACGUGUCGUACUUUGUCGGGCGCUCCGGACAGUUUGACAGCCAAGAUCGCACGGAUGGCGCUGCACUCAGCAAGCUCAUCCUGACUGUGGACGACUACGAUGCUUUGGUUCAGCGUGCAAGUGGCAUUGCUGCCUGUGCGACCUCCAUGUAGUUUUGUUUUUUGUUUUGUUUUUUACUCGUUGGCUCAUGUUAAGUUUGUGUGAUCUCAAGCCAAAUCACUGGUGUGCGUAACGGCCAGCAGCUGCUCGUCACUGUGCCGGUUGGGGUUUGGUGACCUGCUUGCGUGUUGUUGUGUGUGUCAACUAUAGUAUGUCUCUUCUUCAUUGCUCUUCUUUUCCUCUGUCGUCGCCCAUUGCGGCAAUUGACUACUUGAUCGAC